UUCCCAGAGGCCUGUGCGGCACCGAGACCGGAAGCGGCGGGCGAGUGCAGUGUCCUUGCGCGCGGAACGGAGCGACCAUGGUGUCGCGAGUGUGGUCGGUGAUGAGGUUCCUCCUCAAAGGCAGUGUGGCUGGUGGUGCCACCUACCUGGUGUAUGACCAGGAUCUGCUGGGGUCCAGUGACAAGAGUGAGGCCGCCCUGCGGAAGGCCGAGGAGGUGGUGCCCCCUGCCUUGCACCAGUUCAGCCAGUACGUGUCCCGGCAGACAGGCCUGCAGAUACCACAGCUCCCAGCCCCUCCAAAGAUCAACUUUCCCAUCCGCGAGUCCUGGAAUUCAGGCAUCAUCAAGGUGAUGUCCCUGCUGUCUGCGGUUCCCUCCAAGGCCCAGGAGUACUCCAGGGAGGGCUGGGAGUACGUGAAGGAGCACAUCAAGUAGGAGUUGCAGAGGCUGUCCACCUGCGGACCUGGGCAGGGUGCCGGGGGCUCCCGAUUCCCGACUGGGACCCCACGCCAAGGGCAGCUCCCAGCCUUGCUGGCCCAAUAAAGGACUUCAGAACUGUUC